AUGGUCCAGACGCUGCCGUUCUUCAGCUACAGCAAUCGGCCAUCUCUAUCCCGCUACGAGGCAUUCGAGAAGUGUUCCAUUGACAAUCUCCGAGAAACCGGGUACUACUUUCUGGACACGGCAGCCCCAAUCACUGUCGAGGAGUUUGAGGAGCGCCGCAACCGCCUCGCGCGGGCUUUGGUGGCCGAUGGGGCAGACGCGUUCGUGGUGGAACCAGGCUAUACAUUCAAAUACUAUGCGAACGUGAGCCAGCCGGAAUGGGAGGUGUGGGAGUGCUCCCAUGCUCACCUCAUUCAGCCCGAGGAGCGCCCGUUCCUUAUGGUGGUGCAACCACAAUGGCACUCGUCGGGCCAGGUCACCGCGAAAACCACUUUCCUGUCCCCGUCAUUUGAAGCUGAGCGAGCCCGGCUCCUCAACAUGCCGUUUCUGGAGCCGAUCGAGAUCAUCCCCUGGGAAGAACACUGGAGCCCGUACGACACAUUGAAGAACUCGGUGAUCUUCUCGGCUCUUGACCGGACCCCUCGUCUCAUGGUGGACGAGGAAAUGCGCGACUUCAUCCAACGGGGACUUGGCCAGGUGGGCAUCGAAAUCUUUGGGUUGAUGGGGGAAGUCGAGAGAGUGCGACAGAUCAAAUCCGAUGCAGAGGUGGGCAUUCUCCGCGCCGUGAACACCGGGACCGUGGAAGCUGUCCGGCAGAUGCGCAAAUGCCUUUACCCCGGGCUGACGGAAAACGAGAUCGCGACCGUGUUGGACAACACCCUACGCUCGGCCGGCUUGGAGCCCUUCUUCGACAUUGUCUUAUUCGACGAGAACGCCGCGAACCCACAUGGAGGUACCAACGGCUCGAAGGUGCUUGAGCCGGAGACUUUUGUCCUGAUCGACGUCGGCGCCCAUCUCCUCGGUUACUCGUCGGAUAUUUGUCGGACAUUCUUCCCCCCAUUCCUUGAUCAGCCGACGGGUGAUGCAAUCCCAGCGCAUCUGAAGGAGAAAUUGGAGGUAUGGGAUGUCGUCUUCGAGGCGCAAACGCGAUCGAUCGGCCAGUUUCAGGUCAACUCUAGCGCGGCCAGCGUCGACAUUGCCGCCCGACAGGUGAUCACCGAGGCAGGAUAUGGCGAUGCUUUCACCCAUCGCGUCGGUCAUGGGAUUGGUAUCAAAGCUCAUGAAAGCCCGUACCUCAACAAGGGGAACCAUGAGACUCCACUGCGAGCGGGGAUGACCUUCACCUCGGAGCCAGGCGUGUAUCUGGUCGACCAGUUUGGCGUGCGCCACGAGGACAUCUUCUUAGUCCAGGAGGGCGCGGAGGCGAAGUUGUUGACCGGUCGUCGGGCGACUGGGCCCUGGGAGCCUUGAAAGUUCCAUGAUCCGAGGUUGUAGGGAACAUGAACGUGUAGGAGGCUAGGAGAUGAAGUGGUGGGAGAUGGAUGCGAUGCGCUGGUUGACAGAUGCCGGGUCACGCGCGGGAUCCCAAAUGGGGCUUAGCGUGAAAACCUCAGGCAUGUAGGAGACAAACACCAACAUUGAGG